CCGCUGGUCUGCUAGUUGCCUGCACGAUGUUAAGUCAGUCUCCAGGCCCCAGCGGGCACGAUGCUCUUCCCGAUGUCACACAUCAGCCUUGCUCGGAGGGAGCGGUAGCGCCUCCGGGUGGAUCUAUCACGGAUCCACUCCUUGAGGAGGAGUUCCUGCGCGCCCAUGAGUGGCUCAGAGAUAGGCUUGUCCCGAAUGACAUCUAUGCUGCACUGUCCGUCGCGAAUGCGCCGGGUAAAUUCCACUGGAGCAUCUUCCUGUGUGAGAGCAAUGGAUUCGGCCACAAGUUUCACGCGGCCACUGACGGCGUGCCAGAUGGGCAGUGGAGAUACGAGUGCGCGCCGUGGUCCGCAUGGAAUGACUCGCGGGUGGUCGCCUUCUUCCCAAUGGGCGAGAUGCCGCAGGGCCUGGAUCACACACACCUGAACGAGUACCUGCAGACGAUCCCGAUGGAGGUGCCCUCGAUCGACCGUCUCUGCGAGCCGCGCUUCACUUGUCGAGUGUGGUUCAAGGCGGCGGUGCGACUGCUGAACGACGUAGAGAUGUUUGUCAGGUGCAGCGAUGUCGACGGAUUGGAGAUGCAGCUCGCGAAUCGUGCUACGGCUGCACAGUUCUCCGAUGGCAUAAAGCUCCUCGUCCAGUCGUGUGCCCGACCGUGGCCAUAAUACCCAGUAAUCGGCCCGUGGGGAAAUGUGGUGAAUAUGCGUACCGUCAUCGGGGUAAAUUGGCGUCGAGAUGUAAGAUAGUCCGGUUGGGGUCAAUCCAAAGGUCACUAUAGCCUAUUGCAAUAACUCUUCAUGACGAUUAUUACACUGGGCAGUGCUUUUUGAGGAUUUUUAGUACGCGUAAACCUGACAAUAUGAUAACCAUUGUUAGCCAC